CCAAGCGGUGGCGGGAAAUUCUUUGGAGGUUGCAUUGUAGGGACCCCGGAAGUGAGUGUCCACCGUUUAACUGUGCUUUGAAGUAUCCCGGGCCGAGUCCAGGACCCCCAGCUCUCCAUCCCACCCGCCAUGGAUAACUUCCAGAAGGUGGAGAAGAUCGGGGAGGGCACCUAUGGCGUGGUGUACAAAGCCCGCAACAGGGAGACUGGGGAGGUGGUCGCCCUGAAAAAGAUCCGCCUGGACACAGAGACAGAAGGGGUUCCAAGUACAGCUAUCCGUGAAAUCUCUCUACUCAAGGAACUGAACCAUCCCAAUAUUGUCAAGCUUCUUGAUGUAAUUCACACAGAGAACAAGCUUUACCUCGUCUUUGAGUUUCUCAACCAGGACCUGAAGAAAUUCAUGGAUGGCUCAAAUAUCACCGGGAUACCCUUGGCCCUUGUUAAAAGUUACUUGCACCAGCUGCUGCAAGGAUUGGCUUUCUGUCACUCUCACAGAGUACUACACCGGGACCUCAAACCACAAAACCUGCUUAUUAAUGAAGAUGGAGCGAUCAAGCUUGCAGAUUUUGGACUGGCACGAGCAUUUGGUGUGCCUGUGAGAACUUAUACUCACGAGGUUGUCACACUCUGGUAUCGGGCUCCUGAAAUUCUUCUCGGCUGUAAAUACUACUCCACCUCUGUGGACAUAUGGAGUCUUGGAUGCAUUUUUGCAGAAAUGAUUACCAGAAGAGCCCUCUUCCCAGGGGACUCCGAAAUCGACCAGCUGUUUCGCAUCUUCCGUACACUGGGCACCCCUGAUGAAGUGUCUUGGCCAGGAGUGACUUCCAUGCCUGAUUAUAAGACCACUUUUCCAAAAUGGGCACGACAGGAUUUCAGCAAGGUGGUUCCUCCAUUGGAUGAAGAUGGUAGAAACCUGUUAGCACAAAUGCUCCAGUAUGACUCCAAUAAGCGGAUCUCUGCUAAGGUUGCCUUGACGCAUCCUUUCUUCCGGGAUGUGGGCAGACCAACCCCACAUCUGCAUUAGACACAUGGCUGGAAAAUGGAUUCACCUUAUCGACUGUAUAAUCAGCAAGGCAGUGACUGACCAGAUGGAGCCAGUGGUUUUCAACAGGACUUGUCCUUUUCAGAAUGAUACUCUGUAUCACGCCCUAUAAUUUAUUAACAAACCUUUUUUUCAUAUUCAAACAUUGUUUUACCAUAUAUUUUGUAGUAAUGAAUAAGUAACAUGUUGUAGAUACCGUUUGAAUAUUCAGUCCCUUUCCUCCAAAUUUUUAUACAGAUUAUACAGUUCUACGUUGCAGUUGAAACUGUUGACUAUUUUAUACUCUAACAGUGAGAGGUGGGGGUGUAAAUUAACUCGCUUUUAGAUGUGACUCCUUUCUUCAAAUAUUUAAAUUCCAGGUUUUCAAAUUUA